AUGUUUGAAUAUAAAGAGGGGUUGCAAUUGGAGCAGCGAUGCAGACUAUUUGAGAAGAAUGCUUCGAAGAACAUCGAGGGAAUCACUGCAAACCCAAAAGAGGCAAGCAGAGAGGAAACAAAUCUUAAACUUAUGCAACGAGUAAAAAUCCAGCAAGUUGAAGACCAAGGUAAGUCUUCUAGAUCUAAAACUACACAAGAGCUGACAUGUUACAGGUGCAAGAAGCAAGGACACGUUGCCAAGUUCUGCCCCACAAGGAAGACUACCACAAAAACAGAACUGAUACAACAAAUCUUAGGUUGUGAUCCGCAAGUCAAUGUAAAACCACAAACGGAUCCCCUCAAUGGGAAGAUAAUCUUAGACGAAACUCAACCUCAAGGAGAACUAGCACCAACAAUAAUCACACUAGCUUCUCAGGGAGGAUGGUGGGACUGUGACAUGGAAGGUGUGGAUUCAGAAGAAGUAGGACAUAGUGAAGUGUGGGAAGGAGUUGGUUCGAUCACAUAUAGAAAGGAUCAAUUUAGCAUUAAUUAUAUAUUUUUAUAUUGA